AUAGUUGGCGAUUAAUUAAGUUGUCGAUUACUAAUCGAUAAACUGUUGCGACCCCUACUUGCAAGCCUUUCGUAUUUAACAGUUUGCAUUUAAUUCUAGUGACAUGUUUGUUGCAUGUUGAGAUGCAAUUGAUUUUUAAAUGUGUGUUUCUCUACCAUGUCAACAGACGACAACAAAAAUACAACUGAUGUGAAAUGUGAAAAAUUACAAAGACGCAGUAAGGGUUAAACCCGUGUGGAGUGCGGUGGGAUCCCAGUUGAUCGUGAGGCACCUGGCUGUCCCUGCUGUCAUGAGCUGAUGUUGGUCCGCCUGCCCAGUCUCUCUGCUCCGUCAGUCUGCAGCAGCAGCAGCUCCCGAAGGCUGCAGCAGGACGCCAGUCCCACAGUCCCACCGCUCGACCACUGUCAUUUGACGGGGUUCUUGCUGCGGAGGACAAUGGAGAGAGCCAAUCACGUCCACAUCGCAAUGGUAGAAGACAUCGGCACCAACGGGGUGGCCUGUUCAAAGGCUGUCACAUCCACGGAGCCCGACAAGCAGCCCUGCGGAUCCACCGUGAGCUUCCACAACAUCCAGUACCAGGUUGAGGAGCUGAAGAGUGGCUUCUGCAAAAGGAAAAGCAGCUCCAAGGAAAUACUGGUGGACCUCAAUGGGAUUAUGAGACCUGGCCUGAAUGCCAUUCUUGGACCUACUGGAAGUGGAAAAUCUUCAUUUUUGGAUAUUCUGGCCGCAAGGAAGGAUCCCUGUGGUCUCUCUGGAGAAGUACUCAUUGACGGAGCACCACAGCCUCCAAACUUCAAGUGCCUCUCUGGUUAUGUGGUUCAGGAAGAUGUGGUCAUGGGCACGCUGACCGUGAGGGAGAAUCUGCGUUUCUCCGCAGCUCUGCGGCUGCCAAGCUCUGUGCCGCAGAACGAGAAGGAGGCCCGAGUCAAUCAUCUCAUCAAAGAGCUGGGUCUCACCAAAGUGGCGGACUCCAAGGUGGGCACAGAGAUGAGCAGGGGGAUCUCAGGAGGAGAGAGGAAGAGGACAAACAUUGGUAUGGAGCUCAUCAUUGAUCCCUCAGUCCUCUUCCUGGAUGAACCAACCACAGGCCUGGAUGCUAGCACUGCCAAUUCUGUCCUGCUGUUGCUGAAAAGAAUGGCCAGUCACGGAAGAACCAUCAUUUUGUCCAUCCACCAACCUCGUUACUCCAUCUACAGACUGUUUGACACUCUCACCUUGCUGGUUAGUGGAAAAAUGGUGUUCCACGGACCAGCUCCAAAAGCUUUGGACUAUUUCGCCAACAUCGGCUAUCCCUGCGAGCCCCACAACAACCCAGCUGACUUCUUCCUGGAUGUUAUUAAUGGAGACUUUACGGGUACAACCAUGACCAAAGUGCACAGCUCUGAGGAUUUGGACUCUGAGGAGCUCAGUAGCUCCAGGCAAAGCAUCGAGGAGCGCCUGAUCGAGGAGUACAGGAACUGCAGCUACUCCGGCGACACACGGGCAGAGCUGGACCGCAUCGUCCAGGACAAGGAGUGUGUCCUGCGUCCGAAAUCCCGCACCAUCACCUACAACAGCUCCUUCUUCCACCAGCUACGUUGGGUGCUGAAAAGGACCUUCCAGAACCUCAUGUUAAACCCACAAACAUCUGUCGCCCAGCUGGGAGUCAACAUUUUCCUCGCCCUCAUCGUCGGAGCCAUUUUCUUUGGAAUUAAAGAUGAUCAGAGCGGUAUCCAGAACAGGAUGGGUGCCCUCUUCUUCAUCACUACCAACCAGUGUUUCAGCACCGUGUCUGCAGCUGAGCUCUUCAUCAUUGAGAGGAAACUGUUUGUACAUGAGUACAUCAGUGGCUACUACAGAGUGUCGGUCUACUUCCUGUCAAAGAUCCUGUCCGACAUCACCCUGCGCACCAUCACCUCUGUUAUCUUCAGCUGUACUGUCUAUUUUAUGAUUGGGCUCAAAGCCACAGUGUCAGCCUUUUUCGUCUUCACGCUGACAGUGACUCUGGUGGCGUACACGGCCACAGCCAUGACCAUGGCCAUCUCGGCCGACCAGAGCGUCGUGGCUCUCGCCAACAUCUUCAUGACCAUCACCUUUGUCUUCAUGAUGAUUUUCUCCGGUCUCCUGGUGAACCUGCCCAGCAUCAUGGACUGGCUGGCGUGGCUGAAGUACUUCAGUAUCCCUCGCUACGGCCUCGCGGCUUUGAAGAUCAACGAGUUUGUGGGUUUGACGUUCUGCGAGGAGGCCGUGAUCAGAAACGCCAACAUGUCGGCUAAAUUGACCAACUGCAGUGUGAACACAGCUGGCCUGACAUGCACAGGAGAGCAGUAUCUGGACUACCUGGGAAUAGAGUACACCACCUGGGGCCUGUGGGAGAACCACGUGGCUUUGACUGUUAUGUCGGUCAUAUUCCUCAUCAUCGCCUAUCUGAAACUCCGCUACAUCAAGAAAUUCACUUAAAUGUUUAAUUCUCAACUCUUCAAUUUUGUCUUUGAAGAGGCUGUCCCGCAGAUGUUCACAAAAAAUGUCAAUUGAUGGGUGCGAUAUAAAGAUGGACGAUGUCACAGUUCUCCAAAAGUGAAGGCAAAUCAUCUUGAUCGCCCUCUGGUGGAUGGAUGCAACAAAGGUCAUAAAGACUGUCAUCUCCAUGUUAGUGGUUGGGGACACGGACCAAACUAAAAAGUACACGUUCAUUUUUAUUUUUUUUUGAAGUUGGUUUCUAUCAUUUUAGCUAGUUCUCAUCACACCGAUGAAUGUCUAGGAGUUAUUUGUUUAGUUUAUGAAAUAUUUGAUGCUAUAAACCAGGGUGAAAUGUCAUGAUUGACAGCUGAGACCAACUCGCAUAUUGGUCGAGUGUAUGUAUCGAGGAUACAUUAAUACCACGGCUCCAGACCACAAUCUCUACUGCACUGACUCUGGCUCCAAAUGAUGUCAAAUGGUAGAAAUGGAAUGGCCGCUCUUUACAUACAAUAACUAUUCCUUUAUACCUUUGGUUUGCACUUACUUGGAUACUCAGUAGAGUUGAAGUUCAUACCUGAAUGUGAACAUUAUUUGUAUCGUCUUCGGUGAAAACCAUGUGUUUCCACCACGUUUAUUUUCAGCGCCUGUUUAGUCAGUAUUUUUUCACAAUUAGGAGUGAAGUCAUGCAAAGCACGAAAACAGGGUACAGGUUUCUAGUAUUUCAAUGUUUUCUGUGGUUAUUUAUGAAUAUUUACAUUUGUUGCAUUAGUUUAAAAAACAGACUAUGCCUUUUUCAGUACUUAUGUAACUCAAGUAGUGUUGAUUUAUUCAGCUUUUUACCAAAUAACACUCAAGUUAAUCUUUCUAAUUAAUUGUUAUUGUAGAUAUUGUAUAAUUAUACCAGGUAGAUAUUAAGUAUGUUUUAACUUUCUCUAUUGUUCCAAAGCAAACAUCUAUAAAUACAUUUGUAUAUUCUGAUAAACAUUUCAUGUAACCCUGGUUUGUUUUCAAUGCAGUCAAUAAAUAGUGUUUUGGUGUUGA